AUGGCGGCGCGGGGCCGCUGCCCCGAGUGCGGCUCGGCCGCGCUGGUGGAGGACGCGCUGUACGCGCAGCAGCAGCUGGUCUGCGCCGCCUGCGGCUGCGUCCUGGCCGAGGGGCUGCUCACCACCACCUACAGCGACGAGGAGCAUCUGCGGGAGGUGGCCUAUUCCCAGAGCACUGGGCAGAAGGAGCGGCUGAGCCGCUGCCUGCAGCGAGGGAUCCGGCGGGUCCAGGACCUGUGCAAAGUCCUGCAGCUCCCGGCGGUGUUUGAGAAGACGGCCGUGUCCUACUUCCAGAGGGCCCUGCAGCUCCCUGCCUUCCACCUGGUCAGCCUGGAGAAGAAGGAGCUGCUGGGGGGCUGCUGCGUGUUCGUGACGUGCCGCCAGCACAACUGGCCCCUGACCAUGGGCACCAUCUGCUCCCUCCUCUACGCCAAGCAGGACCUGUUUGCCGGAGUCUUCCUGAGCCUGCAAAAGGAGCUGGGGCUCUCUGUGCCCGCCCUGAGCCUGGCAGACCUGGUGAAGACACACCUGAGCAGCUUCCGGCUGUUCCAGCCCUCGGCCGACGUCCCUGCCCCAUUCCUGGAGGACAAGGAGAAGCUGGUGGCCCGGACCAUGGGCAUUGUGGAGCUGGCCAGCGAGACGUGGCUGGUGACGGGCCGGCACCCCGUGCCCGUGGUCACGGCCGCGGCGUUCCUGGCGUGGCAGUCGCUGCAGCCCCGCGCCCGCCUCUCCUGCCCCCUGGCACGGUUCUGCAGGGUGGCAGGGGUGGAUCUGCCUCCCCCCGCCCAGCUGAGGCUGAAGGAACUGCUGGAGAUCCUGCUGGGAAUGGCCUCCCAGCUGGCCUGGCUGCGCGGCUUCCGCCUGGACAAGAAGACUGUGGUGAAGCACGUGGGGGACCUGCUGCAGCACCGGGUGUUCCUGCUGAAAAACGCCUUCUGCCAGGAGGGUGGGGAGGAGCAGCAGUGUGGUGCGGCCUCAGGCCAGGGCUCCACAGGCCAGGGAUCACCAGGUGAGGGCACCCCAGGCCAGCACUCCCUGGAUAAGGAUGCUCCAGGCCAGCACUCCCUGGAUAAGGAUGCUCCAGGCCAGGACUCCCUGGAAAAGGGCUCCCCAGGCCAGGACUCCCUGGAUAAGGAUGCUCCAGGCCAGGACUCCCUGGAUAAGGAUGCCCCAGGCCAGGACUCCCUGGAUAAGGGGUCCGCAGGCCAGGACUCCCUGGAUAAGGGCGCCCCAGGCCAGGACUCGCUGGGCCAGGGCUCUCCCAGCUCUCCUCUGGUGGCACAGGAGAAGGGCUGUCCCUUGCCAGGGAAAUUCCCGAGGCCCCUGCUCCCACCCUGCCUCAUCCAUCCCAGGAAGAAGCUGCGUUCGGCAGCUCCCAGCGCUCCGGACCCGGCUGUCACCGGCGAUGAGCCCAUCUCUGACAGCGAGAUCGAGCAGUACCUGCGGAGCCCCGAGGAGAUCCGGGCCUUCAGGAAGGCCAAGGACUGGUCCUGAAGGCAGUUGUGGCCCAGAGGAUGGUCCAGAGACAGUUUUGGGACCAAAAGUGUGAAACCUGCCAGGGACAGAGCGGUUGUGCUGCGGGACAGUCGCCUGGGACACGGGGUUGUGGGGAUGGGGCCUCCUUUGUGUUCUGGACCAAAAUGGGGCUUUUUGUAGAGUGACUGCUUUGGGUCGUGUUAACAUUUCUGAUAGAAAUAAAUGGAAGUGCAGGUGCCAGGUUUUCCAGGGCAGCCUCACCUUCCAAUUCUAAUCCUUCAGCUGAGUUUGUGAGGGUCAAAACCACCCCCAGGGCCGGGCUGUACUGAACAGGAAGUCUGAGAGAAAUAACAGUGGGUCUUGGCAGAUUGGCAAGUCUUUAAUAUAUUAAACAAAACAUA